UUGUGCGACAGGCUCACAGCGGAAGUACCGGCAGAGCCUGUCUGCAGUGUUUUGUUCCUUUCGAGUUCUACUCAUUUCCGAAAGGAGCCAUCAUGUCCAAGCAACCGAUGGGGAAGACGUUGUUAAGGAAUGUUAUCCGGCACACCGAUGCCCACAACAAGAUCCAGGAAGAGAUGGAGAUGUGGAAAAUGAGAGACUGGGAGAUCCAAACAUCCCACCACAAACACGUCCCAGAUACAAACAGAGGGCGCAUGCACUGCGAUCGAGUGUCUGAUCAACCCAGAGUCAGGAGUCAAAGCAGAGAGCGAAUAGCAGAACAUGACAACAAAGAAGCUCGAUACUGGACACGCAAACUGUAUGAAUUUGAAGCCGGUGAUCCUGACAGAUGGGGACAUAGUGGCUUCAAAGAGAUGUACCCUGAGGAGUUUGAAAGUGAUGGUUUAGGCAUCACAGUGACACCAGGAGGGGUUAUUUUCUUCUUUUUUUUUCUUAUGUUUUCUCCAUUUUUCUCUAGGGAAAAAAGAUGCACCAUGAAAAAGAAGAACAUUAAGAAAUCCAAAUCUGACACAGAAGCGUGCCUGUCAAAACGUUCAAAAAAAUCCUUGAAGAAGAAGAAGAAAAAGAAGAAGAAAGCGGAGGACAGGAAGCGGAAGAAAGACGAGUCUUCAAGCAGCGAAUGCAGCAGUGAUGGCAGCAGUACCACACAAGACAAGCAGAGGAAGAGAAAAAGGACAAAAAGCAGACAUAAAAACAAGAAAACUGUGAAAAGCAAAGGGAGAGAUGAGGACAGCAGCGCAGGAGACAAUAAUGAGGAGGAAAAAAGGGAGAAACGGACUCGCAGUCGUAAAAAGAGAAAGCAGGACACCCACAACGACUCGGACUCAGGGCCACUUUCCAAAAAGAGGAGGAGGAAAAACUGGAAGGCAGCAGGAGAGGAGAGCUCAGAUGAUAGUUCUGCAGACUGAGACGGAGACACAGCUAAUGACCAGGAAAAGUGCUACAGAUUCCUUUUUUUCACCUGAGCUGAUCAGAGGGCUCUCCACUGCAGGCCUGUUCUGUGUUGUAUUUUGUUCAACGUCAACAACCGUGUUCUGUUCGCCCUUUCUGUGGGCGAGGAGCCAAUUCUCAUCAGCUCCCCACGAGACGGCAGCAGCAUGAAGAGGGACAGUGUGAUAUUUAUUAUUGAAUUAUUGAAUCUCAUCUCAGACUUCUGUCCUGGAAAUAUGUUUCUUCACUUCAUUUUUUUUAAGAGGAAAAAAAGUGAAAAUAUGCAGCAAUUAUCAUAGACGGUGCAUUUGGUGCAUUUUAUUCAUGUUAUGUAGUUUUAGAAAUAUAAGUAUUUUUUUAAUAAAAAAAAAACCCUCUGUAUAUUUUUCUUUUGUUUUUAUUUAAGCAAUAUUUUUGAUUUUUAUUUUUUAAUGGAAUAUUUUGAAAGAAUUUGUUAAGCAUUCUGUAUUUUCCAGGUUUUCAAAAAAAAAUAAAAGACUGAAACAAC